CUCUUCUCCAUCUCUCUUUUCUCAUGUCCCUCUUUGACGAUUUCUUAGAGUCGACUGAGAAUCCACAGGAACAAACUAAUGGAAUCUCAAUAAAUUCUCUUUCUUAUGAAAACUAUCCUACAAACAAUAAUGUAACUGACGAUACCCUGUUACAGAGAAAUCAACCAUCAACGACUAUAUCUCAGACAUCUAUAAAAUCAAUAUCAUCAACUAUUUUCAACCUCGAUUAUGUACAGUUUCAGCUUCCUGCUUUACUCAUUUAUAUGGUGGUUUCCAACAACAUUCUACUGGCAGUACUCAGCAAUAACCAUAUACUUCGUAUUGACUUGGAUAAUCCUUUGCAAGUAGAAGAAAUUGAUUUAGUACGCAAACCCAACGACGGAAAAAUUGUAUCGGUGUUCUUUGAUCCUACUGGCCGACAUUUGAUUCUGUCUACAGAACAAGGAGAGAAUUAUUAUCUAUAUGGAAAUUGGAAAAAGACAAAAGUGCUAUCAAGGUUCAAGGGAUUAGUGAUCACAUCUAUUGGCUGGAAUCAUCAAGCAACCAUGAAUUCCACUGCUACCCUUGAAAUACUUUUAGGUACAAAUAAAGGGGAGAUAUAUGAAACAUGGAUUGAACCAACGGAUGAAUAUUUCAAAAAGGAAGAACGUUAUCUGAAGUUACUAUAUCAACUUUCCGUUGACUCACCCACAUUAUCACCAAGUCUAUUACCAUCUCAAAUUGUUGGAUUACACUUUGAAUCGAUUCCUGCACAAAAGUAUCUGGUUAUGGUCACAACAGCAAAUCGUUUAUAUCAAUUCAUUGGUAUCACCAAUCCAGCCUCCUCAGCUGGAAUUCAUGAAACUGGAUCUGCUAUGUUCAAACCACUCUUUAGCCAAUACACCAACAACGUCAGUUUUCAAGAAUUACCCGGAGAUAUAGGAUGGAGUGGACUUUACUUGUAUAAUGUUACUACUUUACAAAGAUCAAGUGAAAUUUUUGCAUGGGUUACAGGACCUGGUGUCUAUCAAGGAAGAAUUGAUGUGAAAUCUGAAAAAACAGACGAUCUUAUCGAUAAUGCACAACUGAUAUUGUAUCCAACUUCAGUACUUCAAGACGGAUCAACUCAACAACAACCUGAUAUACCUAUAGCCAUGUCUCUUACAGCUUUCCAUAUCAUAUUUUUAUACCAACAUCGGGUCAAAGUGAUUUGCCAUUUGAACAAUAAACUUGUAUAUGAUGAAUCUAUUCCUUUGGAAUCAAAUGAGAAAAUACAAGGACUUGCGGUGGAUAAUAGUCAAAAAACAUACUGGAUUUAUACUACAGCAGCCAUCUAUGAAAUUGUCAUCAAAAACGAAGAUGAGCAAGCUUGGAAAUUGUAUUUGGACAAAAAGGAUUACACCUUGGCUUUGGAAUAUUGCAGACAACCGGAACAACGAAACAAGGUCUAUAUUGCUCAAGCGGAUCAACUAUUUCUGAAUGGAGCAUAUCAACAAAGUGCCAAGUAUUAUGCUGUGACCAAUAUGUCUUUUGAGCAAGUGGCAUUAAAGUUUAUCUCCAGGAAUGAAAAGGAUGCUUUAAGAGUGUAUCUGUUGGCAAAACUACAACAAUUGGAUGACAAGGCUAGGACCCAAAAAUCAAUUAUUGCGACUUGGUUGGUAGAAAUCUUCCUGGCGAAAAUCAAUCAAUAUCAUGAAAUGGGUACCUCGGUAGCAUAUACAUCAACUCAUCAUCAUGAUGGAAUCAAUAAAGGACAAUCAGCAUUGGAUUACUAUCGAAAACGGGAACAUCAGGUCAAAUAUGAAUUCAAACAACUACUGGAAACAUAUGAAGACUAUUUUCACAAAGAAACGGUAUAUAAGUUGAUUGCAAGUCAUGGCCACAACGCUGAAUUGGUCUACUAUGCUACUCUUAUUGGAGAUGAUGAAAAGGUGAUGUCUCAUUGGAUCACAGAACGUAAUUGGAUGAAAGCUUUAGCCAUCUUGGGAAAACAGGUCAAAUUGGAUAUGUUCUACAAGUAUUCACCUAUAUUGAUGGAAUAUGUACCUAGAGAAACAGUGGAUAUAUGGAUGCUACAUACCAAGUUGAACCCACGUAUGUUGAUUCCAUCACUUUUACGAUACAAUCAUAAUACUGUCGCGGACAAGGCAACUCAGCAUCAAGCUAUCCGAUACCUUUCUUAUGUUGUGACCACUCUUGGUAAUACUGAUCCAGUUGUUCAUAAUUCACUUUUGGCUUUGUAUGCGACUCAAUCAACCACUGAUGAAACAGCAUUAUUAUCCUUUUUGAAAAAUGAAGGCCGAGAGAUGUAUUACAAUCCUGAUUAUGCGUUGCGACUAUGUAGUCAAUUUGGAAGGUUACAAAGCUGCAUUCACCUAUACAGUUUGAUGGGACUUUAUGAAGAAGCUGUUCAUUUGGCGCUUAGAAUUGGUGAUAUUGAUCUCGCUAGAAUACAUGCUGAUAAACCUUUUGGUGAUGAAGAACUUGGAAAAAAACUCUGGUUGGCUAUUGCAAAAUAUGUGAUAAAAGAAAAAAACGACAUCAAGCUGGCAAUGGAUUAUGUGAAACAAAGCAAUAUACUCAAGAUUGAAGAUAUUUUACCAUUUUUCCCUGAUUUUAUACUGAUUGAUGAAUUUAAGGAUGAUAUUUAUAAGGCAUUGGAAGAAUACAAUGGUCAUAUUGGUGUAUUGAAAUCAGAAAUGGAUGAUGCUACCAAGAGUGUUAACAAUAUUCGUUUGGAUGUCCGUAGUCUCAAGACUCGAUUUACUGAACUAGAUGAAAAGGAUCAAUGUUGUAUCUGUGAAUUCCCAUUGUUGACUCGCCAAUUCUAUGUAUUUCCUUGUCACCAUUCUUAUCAUAUGGAUUGUCUUAUCAAUAAGACAACCAAGCAUCUCCCUUUUCGACAAAUACGAAAGUUGGCAGAUUUACAAGAACAGUUAUCUCGUGAUAUCAAGUUACAAAACAAAUUACAACAUGUACAAAUGAACAAGUCUGGAAAGGAUAUGUCAAGAAGUACGUCAACAACAUUAAAGACACCACCAACAAUACCAACAACAGACGCUGAACGUGAUGAAUUUGGACGAAUCAAAGCUAGAAUAGAAAGAUUGAAGUCGGAAUUGGAUGAUAUUGUGGCUAACGAAUGUGUUUAUUGUGGACAAAUCAUGAUAGAUAGUAUUGAUGAACCUCUGAUAGCUUUAGAAGAGAACGAAGUUGUUCUUGAUUGGAUGAUUUAGGAUAGUUAUUUAUUUUAUAUUUGGACUGUAUCUGUAGAAUAAUAAAUAUAUUUAAUAAAGACAAUAGAUAUAUAUGUAACA